UCAUCGCUGUUUAUUGUUUCUAUCAAUUUAAUUAUCUACUAAAAGCUCCUUUCUGAAUUCGUAUCGAUUACGCACGAACAUUUUUUUCCCCUGUCCCCCUUCUCGUUUGACACCUGAUCUCGUCGGCUUUCUCGUCGAUCCCUCGCCAAAACCCUAGCUUCGGGUUCACCGCUGCAUGGCUUCCGAUCGCGGGGAUCUCCAUGCUUCAGCCGGGGACCGCAGGGUGAAGCUCCGCUACAGCUACGGCGGGAAGAUUCUUCCUCGACUCAGCGACGGUGCACUCCGCUACGUCGGAGGGGAGACCCGCAUCCUCACCGUCCACCGCGACACGUCGCUGGCUGAGAUCCUACGCAGGAUGGGCGAGGUCUGCGGCGGGACGGUCGUGCUCCGGUACCAGCUCCCCGACGAGGAUCUUGAUGCCCUCAUCUCCGUGUCCACGUCGGAGGACCUGGAGAACAUGAUGGAGGAGUACGAUAAGAUGGUGGCCGAUAAUACCAACGCCAAGCUUCGAGUUUUCCUCUUCUCGCCAUCGGAUGUGUCUGGAAGCGGCGCCGGUCCUCCACUUGCCCCGUACCAUGAUUUGCAGGAUACUGGCGCGAGGUAUCUCGAGGCCGUCAAUGGAUUAGAUUCGAGCAUCAGGAGAAGGGACAGCGGGACGAGUUUCUCGUCCACCCAGAAUUCAGAUGGAUUGAUGGCUGUCGAGGCGCUGGCCAACGAAGGGCAAGAUGUUCCAGGUCUUCUGCCGACUACAGAUUACAAUGACCAAACCCAAAUUUUGAGUUCGAGUCAGUAUGAACUGCCUCCUAUGUUGCCAAAUCAAAGCAAAUUCUUCAAUUCGGUACAGCCUGAAUUGCUGUCUGCACCACCAACUGUGCCUCGGCGCUACAUAGAGCAGCGACAUGACUAUCCCCAACCUUUUUUAGGGAGGGGAACUCCACCAAUCAAUGUUGUGGUGGCACCAGAUGCUUGUAUGCCACCGGAACAGAUUGAUACCACAACUGCUCAUGCUGGUAAUGGGAUGACAAGAGUGGAUUUUCAGACGGACCUUAAUACUGGAAGGGUAGUGAGGAUUCCCGGCGAUACAAAGUUGCAGCCUUUAUCAAAGCUACCUCCACUGCCUCCUCCACACUUUCUCGCACCAAAUAUGGAACGACGUCCAGUGCCUGCAUCAUCCCAAGGGCUGACUAUUAAAUUUGUAGACUGUAGUUUAUGUCAGAAAGCCUUGCCCCAUGUCCAUUCAGAUACCUUGAUAAAUGAGCAAGGUAUUGGCCAUGGAUAUGCCAUUCCUGCGACAAAUAUGUUGUUGCAGAGUCACUACUCUGAAGAUUUAGCAAAAAGAGUACCACUUCAAACGGCAGACAGUGGUGCGGAUAUCCAAGCUAAGAAUUUAGCUGUUUUAGCUCCUAGGAACCAUGAGUUUUUUGAGAGAGCUCCUGCUAUGUCUCAUAUUAAUGUGAGGCCAUCUGUAAAUUCAGCCAACCUGGACCAUGCUAAGACUUCUGAACCACCAGUUUCUGUGGGUCUAUCAGCAGCCUUGCAACCAUCAAAUGGAACUGAAAGCACUCCUGAGAAAUCUCAUAAAGAAGGCUCAGUGUUAAAACAGCAACCAUUGCCUAUAAAUCGUGAUCAUUCUAAUAUAGUACUGACACCAGCUUCAUUGUCUGCACCACACAACACCUAUGGAUCUCUCCUCACUCCUCAAUCUCAUCGAGAGGAUUCUUUGCAACAACAAAUGCAUUUGCCACAGAAGAUUGGAUUUCAUAACUAUCCAUUUAAUCCAAGUUUUAUACAUAAAUCUUUUGUUACUGAUGUUAAUUUAGGUGCAAAUCCAGAUGUCCUGGCCUUGUAUAGCCAUGUUAGGCCUAUGGAUAGCAUGAAUCCUCCUAGGGCUCCAGGCUUCAGUGAUCACCCAAGACCAACAGUUGUCUUGGCUGAUAUUGGCAUCUCCAAGGGUUUAAACUCUGAACAGCCGCCAUUUGUCGUGGCGAGUAGUCAUAACAUUGGGCCACAGGAUAGAGGGAGUGAACUGUCUUUUAGUAAUCCCCCAAUUGCAUCUGGAGUUGUUCCAGAGGGAAAUUCUAGUUUGCUAUCUAGUCAGCUGCCAUCUGUGAUGAGGGAUGUUGCUCAUCUCCAGAGUGUUCAACUUUCCAAUAACAUCCACAGUCCAUACAUCACGGGGAACCAUGAGCUAUACUUAUAUCAUCAUGAAGCAGGAGCUGGACCUAGAGGGAUGUUCAAUUAUGCAGAUCCUAUCAAUGAUAAUCAAGCCUGCAACAAAAAUCUUAGUGACAAAAACAAUGAGAUCCCCAGUGUCCAUCCAGUUGAAGUAUUUAGCAAUGGGUUUAUUCCCCAAACGGACAGCGCUCAGCUUCUCCGCAAUAUGAACCAAAUGCAGCAAGUUGUAUCCUCAGACCCACUCGUCAGCAAUAUGGAUCCUCAGAAACUAUUGGACAGUACAAUCCUGCCUCCCGGAGCAAGCAAUGUUUCUUCAGCCACAAAGGACUUUUGCAACAGGAAUUAUCCUGUAAAUAACAUAGGGUCUGAGUUAACUGUUCCUGUAGCUGUUUCCGUUCAGACACCAAACUCUUUAAAUAUGGAUGCACCCAAAGAGCUUCCACAUCCUUUAAAAGAUUUAGGAGAUGCUCAGAUUAAAGAAGAUAACCAGAAUACUGAAGGGAAUACAUCCACAUUAGCAGUAACACUGCAAUCAUCUGAACUUCCAGUUCCUGCUUUCAAUUCUCGUGAAACAAAAGAGACCAUUCACGGUCCUUUCAGAGAACAUACAACUAUAGAGGACACUACUGUAACAGAUGAAAAGAAAGAGACUAAGACCAAACAAUUAGGGAAAGCUAAGAAUGGAUUUCCUAAUACAGAUGAGAUUGGAAACCUCCAGGUAAUAAAAAAUAAUGAUUUGGAGGAGUUGCAAGAACUUGGAUCUGGGUCUUUUGGGACCGUGUAUCACGGCAAGUGGAGAGGCACAGAUGUGGCAAUCAAAAGAAUCAAUGAUAGGGUUUUUUCUGGGAAUUCAUCAGAGCAGGAUCGUGCAAGGGCUGAUUUUUUAAAUGAGGCCUGUAAGCUUGGUAGCUUGCACCAUCCAAAUGUUGUGGCAUUUUAUGGUAUUGUUCUUGGUGGCCCUGGGGGAUCCAUUGCAACAGUAACAGAGUUUAUGGUUAAUGGUUCACUUCGGCAUGCUUUGCAGAAGAGUGAGAAGAUGCUUGAUAGGCGCCGACGUCUUCUUAUUGCAAUGGACGUGGCAUUUGGCAUGGAAUACUUGCAUAGUAAAAAUAUAAUACACUUUGAUUUAAAAAGUGAUAACUUGCUUGUCAACAUGAGGGAUCCUCAGCGUCCAAUAUGCAAGGUGGCUGAUCUUGGUCUUUCAAAAUUAAAAUACGAGACAAUGAUGUCUGGCGGCAUGCGUGGAACUCUACCAUGGAUGGCACCUGAACUUCUUGGUGGCAAAGAUAUCAAGUAUAGUGAAAAGGUUGAUGUAUUCUCUUUUGGGAUAGUGAUGUGGGAGCUCAUUACCGGUGACAAACCAUAUCGAGAUAUGCACUAUGGACUUAUUAUAGGUGGGAUUCUGAACAAUACACUGCGGCCUCUUGUGCCCGAAUCUUGUGAUCCUGAAUGGAAAUCACUGAUGGAGCGAUGCUGGGGCGCAGAACCUUCACAGCGGCCUAGCUUCACAGAGAUCGUGAACAGGUUGAGGGCUUUGGCGGCUUCUCUUCCUCAGAAGGGAUAGGUCAAUAGAGGCUUGACCUAACACAGAAUCGGAUAAUUGUCAACCAGUGCCAUUCACUGACCUAUUUAUCACCUUCAUUAGUGUGUGCAGCUCAGCUUGAGAUUUUUGAUUUUCAGUGAAGAGGCACAUGUUCAUAGAAUUUGUGAAUAGAGUUUUGCUUAUUAUUGAUUCUUUAAACUAGCCAACUAGUAAAUGGCUAAAAAGCAACACACUACCAGAUUUAAGGAAAAAAAAAAUACAUAUAGUCGCCGAUUGUAUUGUUCUCGAACUCUUGCUUGUGUGUCUGUAUAGUUGUGUUUUCUAUUUGUUAUAAAAUUCAAACUAUAUGGAAGUGUAAUUGUGUUCUUCCUUCGUAUCAAUAAAUUAUUUUUGGAAAUG